AUGACUGUCGAUCUAGAAGAGAUAAGAGCCGCUCCCGUGAAGCACCUCAAGCUGCUCCGCCCCGACGACACGCUCCUGCUCGGCCGCGUCUACCGCCUCGUCAGCUUCGAAGAGGUGCUGAAGGAGUUCGCGACGAAGCGGCACGUCAAGCUCAGCCGCGUCAUGGUCAAGGUCAAGGACGAGGAGGUGCCGGCGACGAAGCCGGCCAAGCCUAGGCGCCGGCGUGGCAGCGGCGGCGCCGGCGCCGGCGCCGGCGUCGUGCGCGAGGAAUCAGACCGGUCGCUCGCAAAGGUGCGUUCGCAUGCAUCUCCCAGUUUCCGAAUGUUAACUCGCACAUGCAUUGCAACCACCGCCUCGGCCCAAAUCUUUUUGUGA